CCCGCGUUUCUGCUCUUCUUCUUUUCUUCUCCCCUGCACCCGACCAGCCCCCCCCAAGCUGUCGAUAGUUUCCCUUGUGAAACUCGGCAAAAAGCUUGAAUUUCUCUUCUUUUCAUGUUAAAUCACGAGAUUUGGGGCUUAGAAUCUUCCCUCUCAACCCAGAAAUCCCGGAUCUGCUCUGCUUCUUCCUCCCUUGUCCGUCGGGUUCUGCUGGGUUUGAAUCCUUCGGCUUUUUCUGGUAAGAUUUAGCCAUGAAUUCAUCUCUUUAGCUUUGAAUUUGGCUUGGGUUUACCUUGAAUUGUGUUUUGGUUUUUGGAUUGGGUAGCCGCGAGUUCCCCUGCAGAAUUUCUUCUUCUUUGCCGCCGGCUUCUCCCCCCUGCUAGGCUCGGUUUUGCUUGUUAAAUUCUGGUAUGUGACAGCCCUCCAACCCCGAAUUUGUCCGUUGAUUUGCUGCCUUGAAUCUUGAAUUUUCUGCCUUUGAUUUGCCCUUGUACUGUUCGGGAAUUUCUGUUGAAAUUGGGAAUGAAUUUUGGUAGCUUUAAGCUAUGUUUUUAAGUGUGGUUUAAGUAGAAAAUUAGCUUGAGUUGGCCUGUAGUGAUUUUUGGAGAAAACCCGUGAGAUUAUUUUGGAGGAUUGCAGUUACUGUUCACGGGCACUGUUCACGGGCACUGUUCACACAUCGAGGGUCAAUAAUUAACGGGGAUUUAAAUGAUUAGUUUGUGAUAUAAGAAUGAAUGCGGAGAUGUCCGGUUAUGUGAAGAUUGAUAGAAAUAGCACCGUGAUUAGGGGUAGUCCCGAUGAUGAUUUUACUUUGAAUUUGUGGUAGCGCGGUAUUAAUUGUGGAAUAUUGUGAUUAAGUUUUGAUCGUUCUGUCACCGUAGCGCUUGGGUUAGCCUUCGGUUCUGUGCGAGUGAGGUAAGUAAAUUAUGGUAAAGCCCUUCGAUUUUAAAGCAUGAUUUAAACUGUUUUUGAGAUGGUGGCAAGGUUUAAAUUGAUUUUUAAUUGAUUUUAUUUGCAUCUGAGUGUGAUUAAACUGAAAUGAGAAUUUUGAUGAUUUUCAUGAAAAUUAUUGUUUUCUGGAAGUGAGCAUGAUUGGAAUGAAAAAGUGAGAAUUUC